CGCUGGCUGCCACAUCUGGACUUUUUUCUUUGACUUAACUUGUAGGUUGGAAUAUUGGACCAGCGAUUCAUAACAUCCUUCUCUAGUUAAUUGUAUUUAUUCCUUUUUUUUUUUUUUUUUACUUUUACGUUUUUGGAUUUGGACUUUUUUACUGGCAAAAAACGGGAAAAUGGAACACUCAGUCAGAGUGACAUGUAUUUGGUUCUUUAUCUGUCUCCUUGACAAAAGGGCAGACGCCAAUGAAAUCUUAGGCCUGAAGCUCCCCAACAUCGACCCGAUUCUGAACGCCAACACGGUGUGCCUGACGCUGCCAGGCUUGACUCGGCGCCAGCUGGAGGUGUGCAUGCGCAACCCUGACGUGACGGCUUCAGCCAUCCAGGGAAUCCAGAUUGCUAUCCACGAGUGUCAGCACCAGUUCAGAGGGCACCGGUGGAACUGUUCCAGCCUGGAGACGAGGAACAAAAUACCUUAUGACAGCAUCGUCUUCAAAAGAGGAUUUAGAGAGAGCGCCUUCGCAUACGCCAUAGCAGCAGCAGGUGUGGUGCACGCCGUGGCCAACGCCUGCUCCAUGGGCAAACUGAAGGCCUGCAGCUGUGACGAGAAGCGCCGCGGCGACGAGGAAGCCUUCCGCAUCAAACUUCACCGCUUGCAACUGGAGGCCAUCAAUCGAGGGAAGGGAAUGGUACACGGCGUCAUGGAGCACUUCCCUGCCGAGCUUCCCGGACCCCAGGACACCUGGGAGUGGGGUGGCUGCAGUCCUGAUGUGGAAUUCGGAGAAAAAUUCUCACGGGACUUUCUGGAUGCCCGUGAGACCUACAGAGACAUCCAUGCUCGAAUGAGACUUCAUAACAACCGAGUUGGCAGACAGGUGGUGCUUGACCACAUGAGGAGAAAAUGCAAAUGUCACGGGACAUCGGGAAGCUGUCAGCUAAAGACUUGCUGGCAGGUCACGCCCGAAUUCCGCGUGGUCGGCUCCAUCCUCAAAGAGCGCUUCCACAUCGCCACACUUAUCAAGGCCCACAACCGCAACACCGGGCAGCUGGAUCACUCCCACCACAACAACAACAACAACAACUACCACAGCAACCACCACCACCACCACCACCAUCACCACCACCACCAUCACGCGCACCGCCGGAGGCCGAGCAUCAACGACCUGGUCUACUUUGAAAAGUCGCCGGAUUUCUGCGAGCGGGACCUUGGUUCGGACUCGGCGGGAACGCAGGGCCGGAUUUGCAACAAAACCAGUCCGGGCAUGGACAACUGUGAGACUCUGUGCUGCGGGAGAGGCCACAACAUCCUGCAGCAGACGCGCAGCGAACGCUGCAACUGCAAGUUCCACUGGUGUUGCUACGUGGUGUGCGAAGAGUGCAGGAUCACAGAGUGGGUCAGCGUGUGCAAAUGAAGAAGCACUGGAAAAGUCGAAACAAGGGAAAUACAAACUCAACAUCAAGAUUAUCGACCGGGAAAAAGGGGUCUGUGACUGGGACAUGUGUGCCCCGGCUCCAUUUUUACAGCGGAGCUCCAUGUUCUGUUUGGCUUUGCUGGACAGAGAGGACGGAAAUGUGCGAAGUCGGCAGAAAUGUGCAUGUUGAAAAGUGUGUGCACAUGCAGUGCAAGCCCAAAGCUGUCACAACUCUGCAAGCAUGGAUGUUUUGCAUAGAAAGCACACUUUCUAUCAAGCAAUAAAAGGAAAACCGCGGCACUGCACAUAGGGACUGCUCUAUGAAACCCUUUCAUCACAAACAAUAACAGCAUAAACAACAUAGUACAUAACAUUUUCACGGUAUUCUAUUGACAUAUUGUACAUUAGCAAACAGACUGGUUCAGCAUGAGCAUGCCUGGAGCACAGAGAUGUCAGGCCAAAUUUAAGGGCACUUAAGAAAUAUAAUGUUUGUGGUUUUUAUGUUGUUGUUUUUAAUGUAUUUGCCUUGGACAGUCCAUACUUGUAUCAGUAAAUAUUAUCAUCAG